AAGAAGAACACAUCUUUAUUUUUUAUAGGAAGAAAAUAUCAAUAAUCCCCACGGCGUUGAUUUGCAACUGAUUUAUUAGAAGUAAAAUAUCUCACAUAAUUAUCGUCAUUAAUUGAGAAGAAAACACAUGAAAUACAGAUAAGCCAAGCCCAAUGGUACUAUUGGAGUUUUCUAUAAAACUCCGAAGCCAUUUCCUCCGUCCCUUAUUUUGUCACACCACACAAAGUCGUCUUUGGAGAGAGAGAAGGGCCAACCCAACGACCACACAACACCAACAAUAAACCAUGAGCCCUUCCAAGCAGCGACAUCGUAGCUCAACCGGAGAAAACAAGUCAAAACCGGUCAGAUCCGGUUCAUCCUCCGCCAUACCGGAAUGGAUUACCGAAUCAACCAAUGGCGGAUCUCUCCGUCGCGUAGAUCCCGAUACAGGUACCGACGGCUGGGCUUCUCCUCCCGGCGACGUUUUCUCUCUCCGCUCCGAUUCUUACUUGACCAAAAAACAAAAAUCUCCCGCCGGUGAUUACCUCUUCUCUCCCGCCGGUAUGGACUGGCUCAAAUCAAGUACCAAACUCGAGAACGUGCUCGCUCGUCCCGAUAAUCGUGUGGCUCACGCGCUUAGAAAAGCUCAAUCUCGCGGUCAAUCUCUUAAGAGCUUCAUCUUCGCCGUGAAUCUCCAGAUUCCGGGUAAAGAUCAUCACAGCGCCGUGUUUUACUUCGCGACGGAGGAACCGAUUCCUUCCGGUUCGCUUCUCCACCGGUUCAUCAACGGCGAUGACGCUUUCCGAAACCAGAGAUUCAAAAUCGUGAAUCGGAUUGUGAAAGGUCCUUGGGUAGUUAAAGCCGCGGUGGGGAACUAUAGCGCUUGUCUUCUAGGUAAAGCCUUGACGUGCAAUUACCACAGAGGUCCCAACUACUUUGAAAUCGAUGUCGACAUUAGCAGCUCGGCGAUCGCAACGGCGAUCCUCCGGCUAGCUUUAGGGUACGUGACGAGCGUGACGAUCGAUAUGGGGUUCUUAGCGGAGGCACAUACGGAAGAGGAGUUGCCGGAGAGAUUAAUCGGAGCUGUUAGGGUUUGUCAAAUGGAGAUGUCGUCGGCGUUUGUGGUCGAUGCGCCACCGCCGCAGCAACCGCCGUCACAACCGUGUAGAACAUUGAGUUCGGCGAAAGUUAACCAUGACGAGGACGAGGAUUGAGAUUAAACCACAGGUCAAUGAACCAUUUCUCUCUCCCUCAAAGAAUGUGAAACAAUUUUCAUUAAUCUCAAUCAAAUUUAUAUUAAUUAUUUUUUUGUUUAUGGAUUUUGUAAAUAAUCGAGAGGUUUCAUGAUACAUUUAAUGGAAUUAAAUUGAAAUUCGACGGAUUCUUCUUUGU